GCUUUUUGGUCUUGUAUAUUCAAGAUUACUGUACUUCCUGUAUGUGAGUAUGAGAGACUCCACGGGCGGUCCCAGUCAGCAUUUCGGGUUUUGAUGCAAUUCUGAAAAACUUCUUUCAAUCCUCAAAAUCAAGGUGAGAGCUGACUUUUAUUUUUAAUUGUAUUGUCACUAGCACUUGAGCUAACUAACAACAAAAUGUAGCUGGCUGGGGUCUCCAGCAAUGUACAGUAUACAGGGAAGUACUGCUAUUCGCAGCUGAAAGGGGCUGCACACUGUCAAGAAUUGUGAGAAUCUAUCACGAAUUGACCCCCCCCCCCUCUUGGAGACCUUCAUUCUCAACCAUUUUUGUUAUCAUUCCCUCUUCGACCGAUGUGUUCGUUGCCCGGCCAGUGGCAUCGCUGGCACAAAUGAUGUCACAUCUUUGCGGCCAAGUCGUGACAUCGUUGAUUUGUGUCAUAUUGUGUAGUUCUACCCCAUUUUGUCCACCUUUACCUUCACCCCCCCGUUGCUGUGCCUUAGCUCAGGACGCUCCACGGUCUCCACUUCGCUGCAGCACUGUGCUUAUGGGCUGGCCUCAAUCUCAAUAUUUGUCAAGUGCAACUCAUCACAUUGCUUGAGUCCAUAAAUCCACCCGAGCGCUCACUGUCCAACCACUGUUUUAACAAGUUGGGGAGGUCCAGAAGUGAUCCCAGAGGGUAGAGAAGGUGUGACACUCUUCAAGUUUCAGCACGAGAGGAGCCAGUCUGGAAUUGCAAGUGUAGGACCCAGGACAUAUUUUCCAAGGAGAAAAAGCAAAGUAUGCAUGCGUCACACAAACUGCCAUUUGGAACACACCUGUCACGCCCAAUGAAAAGAAAAACAUCAUUGCUGUUGCUGCCGGGCUUCUUUUCAGCCAGCGUGCACAGCUGAGAACAUGACUGCGCCUUGACGUUGGCAAAAACUCUCCAUCAAGAUGGAACGCGGUGAUCCUCCACUGCCACCCCCUCCCCCACCCCCUCUACUGCCACCCCCUCCUCCGCCGCCGCCGCCUCCCGGCCUGGGCGGCUCAAGACUGGAGCGUCGGCGCUCCCGGAUGCGCAACUUCAACUGGGAGACCAUCCCCAAGCACACGGUGAUGGGCAAGCGCAACAUCUGGACGGAGGAUCGCCCGGACGGCGACUACGAGCUGGACACGGAGCACAUGGAGGAGCUGUUCAGUCACAAGCGGGCCCAACAGCAGAACCAGCUGCAACUCGCCGCAGGCGGCCCGCCUGCGCCUUCUGCGGGGGAAUUGGUCUCCAUCCUCAGCGCCAAGCGGAGCAUGAACAUCGGCAUUUUCCUCAAACAGUUCAGACGGCCUGUGACCGACAUGAUUGAGGACAUCAGAGCGGGGAACGGCCGGGGCUUCGGUCCCGGGAAACUUCGGGAACUGUGUAAACUGCUGCCAGAUGACGACGAGGUCAAGGAGCUGCUUAAAUUUGAUGGCAACCAGUCGGCCUUGCCGGAUGCAGACCUGUUCAUGCGGAUGUUGGUCCAGAUCCCCGGGUACGAGGAGCGUCUGAGUAGCUUGGUUCUCAAGGAUGAGUUUUUCCCCUUCAUGUCUGAAAUGAGAGGUUUUAUUGACACUUUGAAAGCUGCUGGAAAUGAGCUUUUGGAUUCCGACAGUCUGCACGCAGUCAUUCGCCUGGUCCUGAAAACUGGAAAUUACAUGAACGCCGGCGGCUACGCGGGCAGCGCCGUGGGUUUCCGGAUGGCCUCCCUGCUCAAGUUGGUGGACACCAAAGCAAACAAACCCGGGAUGAAUCUCAUGCACUACGUCGUGAUGCAAGCUCAGAAUGCUGAUGUGGCGCUGCUCGACUUUCCCAAACAUCUUGCACACAUUAAAGACGCUGCGAGAAUCAAUCAAAGUGACAUUGAAACAGAGUUUGACCGACAAGUCAAAAAAGUGAACGACGCCAAAGCGAAUACUUUGAAGCAGGAAGACCUCAGGGUUCAGAUGGAGGAUUUCCUUAAGGAUGCUGAGACCUGCUUGGAUGAGGUGGAACGUGAUCUCCAGGUACUUCAGUCUACCAGCGACUCUGUGGCGCAGUACUUUUGCGAGGACCCCAGCAAGUUCAGACUGGAGGAGUGUUGCUCAAUCUUCGACUCCUUCUGUGAGAGGUUUCUGCGAGCCGUACAGGAAAACACAGCCCGGGAGGUGGCAGAGGUGAAACGACGACACCGAAACCGCCUGCAGAGUCCCGCCAAGCGCAGAUCCACAGCCACCUGUUCAGUCAGAGACAAAGAAAUGGAGGGGAUCGCUUUAGAGUCCAUCCUCCAAAACUUUCUGACCAACCGGCUCCAGCGGAGACGGUCGGGACGACCCUCGUCCACUCACGGCAGCCCUGUGAACGGCAGCCCUCAGUCGGGGAGCCUUUCGGAGAUUUCGUCUCAAGCGGACUUCCCUAGGCUAAAAGGGGUAGGACCCCCACAGGCAAGUGUCACAGAAAGGAAAAAAGAGUGGAAUUCGGCUGUGGAACUCGCCAAAACUCCCCACCAGCAAGCGGACAGCUCAGACAGCGAGACGGAUGUUGUGUCGGAAAAGGAUCAGGGAGGGGAGAUCGUACUUUCUGCUGUUGGAGAAUCGAGCAGCAGGACUCCUAGCAUUUCCUCCUCAGCUCGAUCGUUCUCCGCCGCCACGGACAUUGACGACGACGAUCUCCAGGACAAUAACGAGGAAGAAGCUCAGAAAUUGCGUGAAGCCUCGAAGAAGGUUUUGCUCUACCAGAAUAGCCAGAGCAGCAUCUCCUCUGCAGAGUUUUCUGUCGAAACCCCCAAAUCCCCCAGGAAGAGGGGCGCGCUGAGCCGCCGGCGGACUUUCGACAUGGAGAGUGACCGGUACCCCGGAGACCCGACAAACGAGGAAUUGGUCAGAUUGUUGCUCAGCUCUCCGCCUUCCUCGAACUGUGACAUUCCUCGCCGACACACGCUACCCAUGAAAGUCAAGAAGAAGGAGGAGAUUGACGACGAGGACGAGGUGUGGGUUCCCGUCUCUGCAGCCACAGACACGGACCAGAAGACUGCAUGCAAGUCCAAGCAAGUGUUUGACUUUACUGACCUACCUCAAAAACAAGGCUCUCAAUCCACCAAGAACCUUGCUCCCAUGGGCCAAGACAAGGAGCAAGGCCACGGGGAAAACGGUGAAACUGUUCCGCCCGAGAGUUCGUGGAGCACGCCGGAAUCUUCCGGACUGUUUUAUGGUUUUUUGAAGCGCCUCGGCGAUAUUGGGAGACUGCAGACUAGCACAGAGACCACCCAGCAAGGUGUCGGCACCGACGUGUAGUGGGGUGUUUCCCAAGCCGGGGCACAUAUUUUAUCAUAUAAAUAUCUCAACGCACACCACCAAAGAAAAGUGUCACGUGAAAUAAUGAUGAUUUGGUCUGAAUUUCCACAAAAAUGUAUUUACUUCAGAUGAAAUCUGGGCCUGUUGAGUUGAACACAAAGAGAUUAUUCUUUUGUAUGGCUCCACAUUAGGAUCAAAUUUUCUGACUAACUGCACUGUAAAACGUUUUGGCUGUUUGAUCAAGCUACGGGAAAAUUUUCAUUAUGUUUAUGGCCCUGAGCUGUUGGUAGUGGCUGGAGAAAGGGGAUGAUAGUUACUAGUGUCUGAAAUCAGUUUUUGGGACAGGUGAGAUAUCUUUCGUGGCAAUUUGAGAAUACAUCUCAAACAACACAGACAGAGCAGAAACUGCUACAACCAUAGAGGAACGAAUCUGAUGAGCCAUACAAGGAAGUUAUGGGGAAAAGUAGAAGUUCGAGUCAGGACAGAAGUGAGUAUUUGUGAGGAACUGAGUAGGUCAGAAGGAUUUGCAUUGUGUCUUUGUAGGUCGAUGGGAAGUUUAUUACAGGUUACCCAGAGAGGAACUGCGGUGCUGCAUGCGGCUGUUCGAUGUGGCAGCUAGAAAUGCCAGAAGAUUACAGGACAUGUUACGAAGAAAGAGAUGGUAGGUGGGACAGGCAAGCAGCUUGGAACGUGUGGCGGGAGGUGUCAAGUGUGUUAAUGUGAUAGAAGAAUUUGCAAGUGUGGAGGGGAAUGAGAUGAGAAGAGAUUUAAGAGAAGAUUCCGGGUGUUGAGAGUGGCGCUGAAGAGACGGCACAAGGCCAAAAUGGAGGUUGGUGGAGAGGAUGAUGUUGACAGCAGCCUCCCGGACGGUCUGGGAAGUCUUUGGGAAUGCCCCUGGGCUUCUCUGCUUUCGGCUGCUUUCUACCUUGGAUGAACAGGAAAUGUGCAACUUUCAGUCAACCUCAGUUGGGAAAUGUGCUCGGUGUUGCGUCGUUGGCCGCUUUGUGAGUCUUUCCAGUAGAUGGCAGCAUGUUAUGGGAAGAUGUGUUCAUGACUGUUUCGAACCCAAGACAAGGUGGUUUCAUCGUGGAGUUGUCAUUUGUGUAAAACCAUUAUUAAAUCCAUGUUAUUUAUUGGAGUGCAUGCUGAACCCUAGGAAAGUAAGUGCUUUAUGGGGUUUUUUUUUGGACCUCAGGCAUCCAGUUAUAAUUGUUCUUAAUCAGUUUCAUUUGCUAUCUUCGUAUUGUUCUCCACUGAUGUCAUCAGAUGAGUUGCUGCUAUCCCAUAAUCCAGUCUUUGUUUUUUGUUUUUCUUUGUUAGGGGGGAUUGGGGAGGGUGUUAGUGGGGCUUAAAUGGGUCAGUGUUACAAAGGCGGUCUGUCAAAUUCAGGCGAGCGGUGCAGUGCUGUCGCAAAAAAAAAAAAGCAAGCAAGCACCUGGUGAUCAGCUGACGUCAACUUUUUCCCGUGCAGCCGCUGGUCUUGCCAGCCGGUGUCUAAUGUCCAACAUUGUCCAUUGGCACAUUUGGUGGCUCCAUCCCGUUACGUGUUCUAUUUUAACAAUAGGCAAAUCAUGUUUGUUCAGUGUCUGCGCAACCAUUUUCCUGAAAAGUGGCAGGCAGCUUCUUCAUAAUCCAUUUUAACAAUCACCAUCACCACUAUAUGAAAGCGCCAUGUGACGUUACACAUCUGUGCCGUGUAAACCUGAAGCAAAUCAAAAUCAAUUUUUUACGUGAUUAUGUGACAGAAAUGUAAAAUAAUAAAAUAUCUCA